AUAUAUAUAUAUAUAUAUAUAUAUAAACAGUGUUCUCUCUUUUUAAUCUCCAAAAAUUCUGAGAGUUUUACGGUAAACACAAUUUUAAUACACAAUAUUAUUAUCAUAAAUAAUAAUAAUUAUAUAUAAUAAUAUAUAAUUAUUCAAUAUUAUUAUCAUAAAUUUGAAGUGUGCUGUGAUAAACUCCGGGAGUAAAAUCUGUCAAAGACAUAUCAGAAGACCAACCAUGUCAGGGACAUUCGAACAAAUCAAGCUGCUCUAUGACCAGGCAUUAUAUUCAAACGUGAUUUCUUUAUCAAACUUGGUGCUCUCUCUUAGUGAGCACAAUGUUGAUCUUCUACCUGGUUACACAAAGUUCCAUGUGUAUGUCUACUAUGCGGAUGCUCACUUCUAUCUAGGCAAGUAUCGCAGAGCAGAGACUCUGUACAAGAAAGCUCUGCAGUUCCGCAAGUGCCUGCUGAAGUCCAAAGGUACGGGGAAACCCUUGUUGGAUGGCCAGAAGGAUCUACCAUCAGAUGUCAACAUCAAGUACCAGAUCCAUUUAUGCCUGGUGAAGUCGAAGAACCUGCAGGAAGCGUUGCAGGUGCUGCAGAGUAUCCCAGGCAAGCAGCGGACUGCCAAAGUGAACAUGGCACUUGCCAAGAUGUUUCACGAACAGGGAAUGGAGCGAUCUGCCAUUACCACAUAUAAGGAAGUCUUGAGGGAGUGUCCACUGGCUCUGGAAGCUACGGAGGGCCUCCUGUCCUUAGGAGUGAAAGGUGUGGAGGUCAACUCUCUGAUUGUCAGCUCUGUCUCUAACUCGAUGAACUUGGAAUGGCUCAAUACAUGGAUCAAGGCACAUUCUCACAUUCACAACAGAGAAUACACUCAUGCUGUGACCACGCUGAGAUCAUUGGACAAUGUUGUUCUGCUUAGGGAUAACUUCAACUUAUUGACCACCAUGGGAGAGUGUUAUUAUUAUGCAGGCGAUGACAAGAAUGCUAUGCUGUGUCUGAAGCGAGCCAGAAUUAUCGAGCCUGACAUAACAAAAGGAGUGGACAUCUAUGCUGCGAUUCUAUACAAGAUGCACUACAUCAAAGAUUUGGAACGACUAAUACCAGCGAUAACUGCUAACAACGAGUGCACUGGGGAAAUUUAUGUAGCGAUGGCGUAUUCCUUGUAUGCUGCUAGAAAAUUCAGCAGAGCGAACACCCUAACUGCUCAAGCAUUGAAUCUGAAUUCCAACGACAUAGAGGCCACCAUACUGCGGGGCAACAUCUUCAUCGAGCAGAAAAAGUAUCAGGACGCAUUGUUCUUCUUCAGACACGCAGUGCAAUUAAAACCCUACAGAUACGAACCACACAAAGGCUUAGUGGACUGUCUCGUCGGGAUGCACAGGUUACGAGAGGCUUUGAAUAUCGCCAGCAGCUCUUGCAAACAACUUGGACAUACCGCGAGGGUCCUGACAUUAUAUGCGUCCGUCUUGAUGAAGGAUCCUGUAUCAGUGAGCAAGGCCAAAAAUCUUCUUGAAAAGGCACUGUCCCAGGAUGAGGUCUACUUACCCGCAGUGUACCUGCUCGCGGAAAUAUACGAACAAGAGAUGAAUCUGGAAGCGGCCAUCCUAUUGCUCGAGAGGCAGGUGGAGAAUAAUUCUACCUGCAAGCUUCAUCAGACCUUGGGAGACUUGUGGGCGAGAGUGCACAACGAAGAGAAGGCUCUAGAUCAUUAUGCCAUAGCUUUGAACUUGGAUCCGAGUAACAGGAGAGCUUUAGAAGGAAUGCACAGGCUAGACAAUUCUUCCAGUAAACUAGACUCUGCUUAUUAUAUGACUGUCGGUGAGGAACAGGCUGAUACAACUUAUGAUGUUGGUGAUGGUCUACAAGAUACAGAUAAUGAUGAGGCACCAGAAGAGAGUGAAACCGAAGCCAUUUGGUCAGAUAUGGACUUGGAAGCGAAUAGUCAGUAGUCAUCCUCGUUGUAUAGAGAGAAAUGAUCUGAAAGUCAAUUUUCUCUGAUGCUGCUUGAUUAACAAUUGACUGUAGUCAAUUUCUUAACAGAGGAUCUUGAAAGAAUAAUUCCAUAAACUAAUGUUUAUUGUAUAUUCUGCUCAAUGAGCAUUAAAUGAGAUGAGACUGAUGUUUGUAAUUAGAUGAGCUAAAUGUAUAAUAGAGCGAAGUGUGUAAUUUUACUUUUUUUUUAUUUGUAUAAGAUAAUAAGAUUUGUUAAACAUAAUUUUCUGUUAAUAAAUCUCUCUUAUCAUUUA